AUGAUACUCGACAAGCACAGUUUCGGGCAACUCACAUCGUCUUCUACAAUACUCUCUCCAAGAUUCGAUUUUUUGGUUUCUUGUAACUUAUAUUGUCUAGGAAGAAUUAUAGUGAAGGCUUCGGAACUUUUGGGGAGAGAGAGAGAGAGAGAGUGUAGCGAAUCUGCCAUGGAAGUGUCGUCAUCAUCAUCACCACCACCACCACCGAGUUUUAUAUUGGAAGAGUGGAAUGGUUCUUCUUCAACCAAGCUCUCUAAAACUGCCACCAUUACUGCCUCUCCUUCACUCUGUAUCCGAAGAUCGACCAGCUAUUUCCACCAUGUUUGGGGGCGAAUUCUCCAAGCGUUUGUACCUGAGGGUUUUCCAAACAGUGUCACCCCAGAUUAUGUCCCUUUUCAAGUCUGGGACUCCUUGCAGGGUCUUUCUACAUACAUUAGGACCAUGCUUUCUACACAAGCUCUGCUAAGUGCUAUUGGUGUUGGAGAAAAAUCUGCUACUGUGAUUGGUGCUACAUUCCAGUGGUUUUUGAGGGACUUAACUGGAAUGGUUGGAGGUAUUUUAUUCACAUUUUAUCAGGGUUCAAAUCUGGAUAGCAAUGCCAAAAUGUGGCGUUUGGUUGCGGAUCUUAUGAAUGAUCUGGGAAUGUUGAUGGACCUGACUUCUCCACUAUUUCCUUCUGCUUUUGUUUUUGUAGUUUGCUUAGGGAGCCUAUCGAGAUCAUUCACUGGUGUUGCAAGUGGAGCAACUAGAGCUGCUUUGACACAACAUUUUGCUCUUCAGAAUAAUGCUGCUGAUAUCUCAGCUAAGGAGGGAAGUCAAGAAACACUAGCGACAAUGUCAGGUAUGGCAUUGGGUAUGUUUCUGGCCCGCAUUACCAUGGGACACCCACUAGCUAUCUGGUUCUCAUUUUUGUCUCUUACCGUGUUCCAUAUGUAUGCAAACUACAAGGCUGUCCAGUGUCUUGCUCUGUCUUCAAUAAACCCUCAAAGGAUUUCAAUUCUUUUGCAGCAUUUCAUGAAUACUGGCCAAGUUCUCUUUGCUGAACAGGUAUCUAAGAUGGAACAUAUUCUACCUAUCUGGGCAUCUUCAUGGAGAUCAAAAUGUUCAAACCUACUACAUAUGCAAAUACGCUUAGGGGUGAGGGUCUCUGCAAUGAGUCACCCAGAACUGACUGACCUGUUGCGUAAUGCCGGUUCACACUAUAGAAAAGCGAAGUACGUACUAGUGGAAAGGAAUGGAAUUAUCAGUGUUAUUUUGCAUAAGGAUUCUACUUCUGAAGAUGUCUUGCAGUCUUUUGUUCAUGCUUAUGUGAUGGCAACUCUAAUUGGUAAAACCAGUUCCAUUCAUACAGAAAGCCAAUCAUGGAUUGAUGCAGAGUAUAUACUCUUUCUUCAGAAGCUGAAGUUAACAGGUUGGAAAACAGAGCGCCUUCUGUCUCCCUAUAUCAGUUGGAGGGCAAAUUGGAGCUCUGGGUCUUUAGAUGAGAAGCUGGAUUAACCAACAUAUCUAGUGCAUUGAAUUGAGCUCUGAACCAUUUUAUACUGAUUAUAUAAAUACAUAUAUAUAUAUAUAUAUAUAUAUUAUGUAUGAAGUUACACAUAGCUCAAGCUGCCUUGAACUUAUUUUAUAAUAUUGUAACAGAAUAAGACUAUUGCUCACAUUCACAACGACACUGUUAGACAGUUUAACACCAUGAUGUUUUCUUAUCUAGGAGUUCCUUCUUAUUUUAGAACAAGGGCUUUAAUCGAAAUGGCAAAAUUUUGGCUCUUUUGAGUAGCAAC